AUGGCAAGCUCUGAUGGUGUGGAGGGGGGGACGCCCCACGUCGUGCUAGUGCCCCUCAUGGCCCCCAGCCACAUGAUCCCCAUGGUCGGCAUGGCCAAGCUGCUGGCCUCCCGCGGCGCAGUCGUCAGCUUGGUCACCACGCCCUCCAAUGCUGCCUGGAUGGAGGGCACUAUCCAGCGCUGCGCGGGCUCUGGUCUUGCCGUGCAGGUCAUCGUGCUCCGUUUCCCCUCGCGGGAGGUUGGGUUACCCGAGGGGUGCGAGAGGCUCGACAUGAUUCCGUCCAAGUCCAUGACGAGGAACUUCCUCCGGGCGUCCGAGAUGAUGCAGGAGCCGCUAGAGCGGCGCCUACGCGAGUCGCGGAUCGCCCCGAGUUUCAUCAUAUCCGACGCAGGGGCCGCUUGGACUCGGGCACUCGGCCGGGCCUUGGGAGUGCCGAGGCUGGUCUUCCAUGGGUACGGCUGCUUCGCUCUCCUUUGCCAGCACAACCUGCACGUCCAGAAGACCCACCUGUCUGCAACCUCUGAGUCCGAUCCCUUCGUCGUUCCCGGCCUGCCCCAGCGGGUCGAGGUGACGAGAGCUCAGCUACCGGGGGCAUUUAGCACCUCCGUUGACAUGGAAGACAUCCGCGAGGAGAUCAGAGAGGGAGAACUGUCCGCCGAUGGGUUCGUGGUGAACACGUUCGUCGAGCUGGAGCCCAGCUAUGUCAGUGCCCUCGAGGAAACCACUGGCAAGAAGGUGUGGACUAUAGGACCACUCUCUCUCUGCGACAGGGAGUCCCCGUACGAAACCGAAGGGGAGGACAAGGCAUCCAAUGAAGCCAGCCUCUGCGUACGUUGGCUCGACUCAAUGAAGAGGGGCUCCGUCGUUUACGCCAGCUUCGGAAGCCUGGCCCGCCUGCCGCCAUCUCAGCUGGUGGAGGUAGGCUUAGGUCUGGAGGCCUCUGGGCAGCCGUUUAUCUGGGCCAUCAAGACCCGGGGCGAGGAAGCUUCCCGUGAGUUUGAGAGCUGGCUGGGGGACGAAGGGUUCGAGGAAAGAAACAAGGGGAGGGGAUUCCUGAUCCGGGGAUGGGCGCCGCAGGUGGUGAUCCUGUCACACCCCGCCGUGGGCGGCUUCCUGACCCACUGCGGGUGGAACUCUACCCUAGAGAGCGUGUGCGCCGGGGUGCCCAUGGCCGCCUGGCCACUGUUUUCGGAGCAGUUCCUGAACGAAAGGCUGGUGGUGGAGAUUCUCGGUAUUGCCGUCGCUAUCGGUGUCAAGUCGCCAACCAUAUGGGGGGAGGAGGAGAAGGCUGGGGUGCAGGUGACGAGGGAGGAGGUGGCCCGGGCCCUUGUCAACCUCACGGAUGUCGGCAAGGACGCGAAAGAGAGGAGAAGAAGAGCCAGGAACCUUGCGAAGGCGGCGAGAAGGGCUGUGGAAGAUGGCGGAUCGUCCCUCACCAACCUAGAUCUCUUGCUUCGGACUGUAACCCAGGAGAUGUCCCCCAAGAAUGCCGUUGUCGUAAAAUGA